AAUUUUCAAACCGGAUCAGUAUGUUGUUGAGGAAGCGUGAUUCAACGUUACGACGAGCUCAUCAACAGAAGUAUCGCCGCACAUGUACUGAAGCCGUCUUAAACAACUUAACUCGUUAUGUAGAACGAUAUUAAGCUAUUUUGUGGAUUUACAAUGGCGGAAACAAUCCCUUCAACGAGAGGGGGAUUUCUGGAUUUUAGUCCAGUACGGAGAGGCGAAGGGAAUAAGGAGAAUGAUGUUCCGGUGCUGAGUUUGAUCCAGUUUUCUAAGGCUCCUUUUGUCACUUUCGGGACCGUGAAGUUGGGAACUUCUAAAUCGGCUGUUUUACGUAUUGAAAACCCGACAGAGGACGCAGAAGCAGAUGUUACAGUGGAAAAGAUCUCCUCAAGUAAAGGCUUUUCUGUGGACUACAGGAACUUCACCAUUCAGGUAAGUUACUUAGGGUGAAUAUAGUCGUUACAGGGUUUCUAUUGACUUGAAUCAACAUUUUAAAGUUAUAACUCUUGUUCUUUGUGAUCUGUCUGCAGCCUGAGGGCUCUUUCAGUCUGACAGUAACCUGGACCCCAACAGAGGAAGGUGGGGUCAGAGAACUCAUCAUAUUUAAUGCCAAUGGGGUCCUCAAGCACCAGGCUGUCCUGCUGGGGAGGGCAGAGGCCCCCAGAAAGAAAAAAGUAAGUUUGCUAUCAACGAACAGUUGUGCUUCACAGAUAAAGACUGUAGAGAGUCUGAUAAAAACAUAUUUGAAACUAAUUUUUGGAGGCACUAGUAUUUUUAAUUAUAAUAACUUUAUCUGUAUAGCACUUUUAAAAACAAAAUUACAAAGUACUUUGACAUAUAAUCAUAGAGCACAUGGAAAAAGACAGAUCAAAACAAAAAGCUCAUUUAAAAUGGAAUUGAAGACCAUUUUCAUUUAACAUAAGGAAACUAAACAAUACUAGAACCAUGCAACAUCAAAUGAGACCAUGAGGACCAAAAUAAAAACAUAAAAUAGUUAAGAAAAAAGAAACUGCAAUUAAAAGAGGGUCAAAGGGGAAACUGGACAGAUCUGGAGUGAUGUGAUGCUGUCUACUAAAACCAGUUAAAAGCCGAGAUGCUGCAUUCUGAACUAGUUGGAGGCGGGAGAGUGAUUUCUUAUUUAAACCAGGGAGGAGAGAGUUACGGGAGUCCAGCCUUGAGAAAAUGAAGGAGUGGGUUAUUUUUUUGAGAUCUGGGGGAUCUGGAGUAUUUGUUUAAUAGAUUCAUGGCUGUUGGUUUGAUGAUUACUGAAUGUGGACCGAGACACUAGUAUUUUAUAUCUGCUGAUACUUUUAAUCAACUUUUCAAGCUCUUAUUUGCCAAAACCAAAGCCACGCCAAUAAUAUUGUGCAGCCCUAACACAAACGUCCUUAAAUCCUUCUGAGUUUUUCUUGCAGUUUUCAUUUAACGAAAUCUGGGACUUAAAAAAAAAAGCUUGCACACAGUUCUUGUCGUGGCAGGGAACCUUGUAAUUUAGACAUUAUCCUCUGUUUGUGGUCUAUGUUUUGGGUUUGUACAAGGUGCUACAAGCUUGUCCUCCCUGAGCACAAAUUUGGACUCUGCAAAAUAUUAAAUUUUAAGAUGAAUUUACAACCAAAAACAACAUUUGAGAACAUUGACAGAUGGAUAAAGGUUGCAUGGUGUUCUGCACACCUUAAAUUUUAUAAUGGAUCUUGUCUUUAAAUUGCACUUAAAAAGUUUAUGUUUGUCAGCACGGCAUCAAUGAUUUUGACCAGAAAAAAGGUGCAGAAGACGAGAAAAAUUACGCAAAAAAAUCCUCUGUAUUUUUUUGGGAAAUGUGACAGAAUUUGAUUUGAAAUCUUGUGUCCUAUCAGUUGCAGACAUUAUAUAGUUGUUUGAUACUGUCAGCAAUAAUUCCUGUGUAAUGCUCAUCACAAAUAUGGCCUUUAACUUGUAUUUUUCCCCACCUGUUACAGAAAAGUUUAUGGGACACAAUCAAAAACAAAAGAGAGGGUGAGAAAGUCACUGCACCCAGAAGGAAGAAAACAGAACAACCGCUAAAGAUGGCGGCCAAUAAAACUUUCCAAGUGUCCCGAAAACCACAGUACAAACGGGAGAAACCUCGCAGCCCCCUCGCCUCCCUCAACGAAGGCCAAACUGUGAGGGAGCGUUCCCUCACCAAGAGCAACGCCACUGAAGACCAUCCUCAAAAACCAGAGGAGCAGGAGACCCUGAAAUCCACCCAGACUCAGAGACAGCGAUCUCUGGUCUUGUCGGACCAGGAGAACAUCCACCAUGUUCAGAGGAACUCUCCUCUCGUUCUGCUGGUCCCAGCAGCCAAGCUGAUGGACUCUUCGGAUACCCUGUCAGGCAAACUUGAAAAUAAAGACAUCGCUCGAAUGCUGAACAAGACGCUGUCCCCCAUCGGGACCCCUGAGAGGUUUAAGAGGCUCAUGCCUCAUAUUCAGUCAGAGAGCCCAGCUGUUCUGAAGUCUGUGGCUGAGGAUGAAAGCCCUGACAGUGCUUUAACAGGAACCCCGACUCUGUCCCUGAAGGAUGCUCUCGCCCUCAUCGACUCAGAUCUGAACCACAUGAACACAAGUCCCAGAGACACCAGUUCCAGCUGUGACUUUUCAGACUCACUGGAAUCCAAGAGUGACUCCAGACCUGUCCUGAACUCUUUACCCGACAGCCCUCCUGUGUUAGAGUCCAAUGAACCAAGACUGACUUUCUUUGUUAGAGAAGUGCCGGAUGUUUCAGAAGCUGAUACAGCCAAAGAAAAACCCAAAAAGGCGUCUUUCACCUCCGCCACUGUGAUUAAAAGCAAAGCUCCAGAGGAGGCGAACUGCUUGAGUGGAAGGAAAAUUAAGAAGUCAAGACGGAGGCUGUUGGAGAAGACACUCGAGCUGUCAGACAGCAGCGGACAGUCCGAGUCUGGACCAGGAACUCCAAGUCUUCCUGUUAUAGAUCCAGGAACCAGUGGAGGGAGAAACUCUGAGGCUUCAGGCUCCCUACAUGAGGACAGAAACCAAACCCAGAUCCUCACCUCCUUCAGCCCGACUCCACGUCUUGAAGGCUCACCUUUGGCCGUCACCUUCCCAGUUUCCUCCCCUCCACGCUUGCCUUCUGCUCGCUUCUCCUUCUCAGCUACACCUCCACCUCCUGAAGUCCUCGCUCCCAUCACGUUAACCGUCUCCUCUCCGUCGCCUUUGAGCUCAUCCUCUCCUCUUCACCACACCUCCGCCACAUCAGACCGCAACCUGUGCGAUCCGUCUCCCACUGUUCUGGCGCCUCCCUGCUUUCAAGAAGAGCUGUUUCCCAUUCACCUGGCGACGAAGAGCAAAAAGAGGAAGAGCGAGGAGUUUUUGAAAAGUGACAGGAAGACUCAGGAGGCGGAGAAGACCGGGCGCAUCAAGAGGAGCAGGGUGGUGGCCGCAAGAACGGAGUCCACCAGACCUCUUCUUCAGGAAAAGAGGCGUGCAGCGCAGAAGCAGCAGACGAGCACAACAGGUGAGGGAUUGUGAAGUUCAGGACACAGUAAAUACAAAAUACUGAGCAGAGGCAGAAAUUCUAGUAUAAUAAUCAUUAAAAAGUUUUGUUUUUGGUAGAAAUAUUCUUAUUUCUCUAAACUCUUUUUUUCCUAGGUUCUGUGCGCUCAAUGACUUCAUCCUCCCUGAGGUCUAUGAGGUCUGUGGCUCCUGCUCAGGCGAAACAGUCGAGCUCCAAACCCACUUCAAGAGGUAUCAAACUCUGUCCAAAGUUGACUCCAUAAGGUCUGGUUCCAUUAUUUUGAGUUCUUCAACAGCUUUUCUUCUCUCGUUUCACAGCCCCUCCGUCUCUGAAGUCCUCUGGCGCUCCGUCCGUGAAGACAGCGAGAGUCGUGGCGGUGGCUCAGUCGAAGCUGACCUUCGUUAAACCGCUGCAAACAGGUAAACGAAGCAGGAUGCAGCAAAGUGAGCGUCUAGGGUGAGUGAAACCGUGUUGAAAGUUUUAAUGUUUUCUGUCGUUUGACUCCAGCCAUACCGAGACACCCGAUGCCGUUUGCUGCCAAGAACAUGUUUUAUGAUGAGAGGUGGAUCGAGAAGCAGGAGAGGGGCUUCACCUGGUGGAUCAACUACGUCCUCACCCCGGACGAGUUUAAAGUCAACACUGAGGUCAAAGGUAACACCGUUAUAGUCGCAUACAGCCAGUUUACUGAGACACAAUGAUAACGGUUAUGGAGUCUGAGACGUCACUCUUCAAUCUGUGGCUCCUGCAGUCAACGCCGUGUCCAUCGCCAUGGGCAGCGACGACAGGUACAGCGUCCCUAAAGCCCCCACCAAAGAGGAGAUGUCCUUCAGCACCUACACGGCCCGGCGCAAGCUCAACCGCCUCCGACGGUCCGCCUGCCAGCUCUUCACAUCGGAGGCCAUGGUCAAAGCGAUUCAGAGGCUGGAGGUGGAGGUGGAGGCCAGGAGGCUGCUCGUCCGAAAAGACCGCCAUCUCUGGAAGGACAUAGGUAAAGAAACAAACAAACAAGUAUCUAACUUGACUUGAAGUUCUAGUAAAACCUGGAAAAACCUGGAAGUAACAGCAUUUUCUCCAAUUUUUCAGGUGAACGGAGAAAAGUCCUUAACUGGCUGCUUUCCUACAAUCCACUGUGGUUACGGAUCGGGCUUGAGGUAUUCAGACUUUGUGAGACUUCGUCUGAAUUUUUAACGUUUGAACCACCAAUUCAUGCUUCGGUUGUGUAACACACUUUUACUCGCUCUCAGACGAUCUACGGGGAGUUGAUCUCUCUGGAGAGCAACAGUGACGCUCUGGGUCUGGCCAUGUUCAUCCUCCAGCGACUGCUGUGGAACCCGGACAUCGCCGCAGAGUUCAGACACGCCAAAGUGCCUCACCUUUACAAAGACGGUAAUUUACGAUCUGAUGAGAAAUGUAGUUUAAGUUAAAACAUCUGUCUGUCUGGGCUGAAUUUAUCCUUAUUAUGCAUUACAAACACCUCCGUAUUACUGUGAAUAAACGUGCGCAUGUCUCUUUACUUUUUCUCAAACAGGCCACGAGGAGGCGCUGUCUCGCUUCACGCUGAAGAAGCUGCUCCUGCUGGUGUGUUUCCUGGACAAAGCCAAAGAGUCUCGGCUGAUCGAACACAAUCCCUGUCUGUUCUGCCAGGACGCUGAGUUCAAGGUCGACUGAAAAUAACACUCAAGCACAUUUUAGUACCAGAUGACUUCACAGUAUGAUUUUUGUGGCUCUUUAAUAUCUUGAAUCUGGCACUUUUAAACUAAGAUUAACUGUAAAGAGCUACAGCGUGAUAAAGAGAGGAUCUGAAGUCUGCCUCCUGCUCUGCACUCUUAAUAUAAUCCUGCUUAAUGUCUUUAGUUUGUUUCUUUUUGAGUAAGUUUAUAAAACCUUAAACUGAAUUAUGCAAAAAGUUACACACAUGCUGCUGCAAAUUCAGGUCUUCUGUGCCACAAAAAACAUGAUUUUGACAGAACAUUUGAAGCACCCCAUUACAGAAAAUCGCCUCAUUUUAUUGCGUUUUUCUUUUUACUUUUACCCGGACCAAAUUUGCAGAGCUGGAUCACAGAUUAAGAAGUAAUAGAAACAUUGCUGCUGUGCUGAAGGAGAGUCAGUAGAGAGAAAGAACCAAUUUGAAGUUGGUACAUCAGGCUUUUGGAAGUUGUGAUGGCAUUUUAUCAGAAAAAUAAUCAUCAGAUCGACCAAACUGAUGUUAAGUUGUAGAUUAUAAAUCUAAUUUGAAGUUGGAUGAUUCCUACCACUCAAGAAAUAAAAGAUGAGUUCUUUUGGGCCGCAGGUUGGUAGUUUUAAACGAUAAAGAGCUUUCUCACCUGGUUCUGCAGGGAAACUCAGCCCUGAAGGCAACUCACCAGUGAACCUUCAAGUCCUCACUCUCUGUGCUCAUGUUUUUUUUUCUCCUGCAGACUAGUAAAGACCUGCUCCUGGCCUUCUCCAGGGACUUCCUCAGCGGGGAGGGGAUCCUCCCGCGGCACCUCGGCUACCUCGGGCUGCCCGUCUCCCACAUCCAGACGCCUCUGGACGAGUUCAACUUCGCCGUGAAGAAUCUAGCCGUCGACUUAAAAUGCGGCAUUCGUCUAGUGUGAGUGAAACCCCGAGAAUUUUAAUGCGGGGCUCUGAUCCUCUACGUGAUACCUGCUUCCCUCUAAAGGUCAGGCUCAGCUUCACAGCAGCACCCCUGCAGCGAAGAGGGAUUCAGUGUUUUUGUCUUCUGCAGAGCGUUGUCAGACCAGGAUUUCCUCUCCGACUGAUGUAACACCACUGCCCCUGGUCACAGUUCAAACCUAUUUGUGUGUUUCUUUUGAAGAUUGUUUCCCCUGUUUGCCUUUUUUAAUACACAGAAACACAGACUCAACACAUGGAUUUGCUUUCUUGAUCCCAAACUAGAAAAUAGUGUUUUUGCAGCAGCAGGUUGUCUGAUCAAGAAAAAAAACAAACAAACAAGAAGGUAGAAAAGUGUGAAUAGGUUCAGUUAUAAGUCGACUUUACAGGGUGGUAAAAGUGUUGAAAUGCAAAUACAAACAAAUGCAAUUGAUGAAUUGUGUAAAUUCUGCAGGAUCAGAACACAGUGCAGUUUUAAUAAGACGGAGAUGAUCUGCUCAAACUGAAAUGUGCAUGUUUGUUUGUGCAGUCGUGUUUUUACGGCUCCAGAAUAUUUUUGAAGGAACGUUCUAAAGAGUUCAUCACGUGUGAUUUUAAAGUGUUGCUCAUGUUUUCAGUCGUGUGAUGGAGCUCCUCAUCCAGGACUGGACGAUAUCGGUCAAACUACGUCUUCCUGCCAUCAGCCGCCUGCAGAAGGUCCACAAUGUGGACUUGGCUCUGCAGGUGCUUAAAAGCAAAGGGGUCGAUCUCAAGGAUGAACACGGUAACUAUGAACUCCUCCUCCUAGAGCAUUUAAAAAAAAAGACUCUUUCCUUUGUCUCCUACUCACUGUUUUUCUACAAAGCUGCUUUAUUCCAGCGCUGUAGCUCUUCUUGUUCAUUUACCGAGUCAUUCAUUUGUGCACCAACACCUGUCGUUUCACUGCUCAGUCUCAAACAGCUGUUGUUGUGCAGCUGCACAGAUGAUUCUGGGAUUGCUCUUUCCUUUUAUGAUGCUGUGUUGGAUUUGUGUAAACUUUAUUGGACAGAAUGAUUUCCUCUGCAUGAUUUAGCACGUGUUAGAGUGACUAAGAGCUUUGAAAUACGCCGUUUAAAGACCUGCACAGUAAAGUCGACUUAGUAAAUCUUGCGAGGCUGUGAAUGUCAGUCUGAUUAAACACUGUGCCUUUGUUUUCAGGUGCCGCCAUCGACGCCAGAGACAUUGUGGACGGACACAGAGAGAAAACACUCAGCCUCCUGUGGAAAAUCAUCUUUGCGUUUCACGUAUGAAUCUGGCUUAGUUUGAGGAUUUUCAGAGGGACUAAAAUUCAGAGAUUCCCUGUAAAUGUUCUUCCUGUUGUCUGAGAAGCUGUUAUCAAAUCAUCCGUAAAGGUGGAGGUGAUUUUGAACGAGGACCAGCUGAAAGACGAAAUCGGUUUCCUGAAGAGAAGCUUCAAGACCAAACGGAGGCUGGCGUCUCUUAAAGCGGAUCGGGACUUUCAGCCGAGUCCCUCAGAGACCCGGACGGCGUACAAACACAGCAGCACUAAGAUCACUCUGCUGAUGGAGUGGGUCAGAGCCGUGUGUGACUUCUACAACCUGAAGGUGAGUCUGAAACUUCCUACUGCGGCCCUCAGGCGAAUGAGGGAACUCUGCUAAUUGGAGUUUGGGUGAACGUCUCUGGAGUUCCUCCGCUUCCUGUUAGGCAGGCGGGAGAGUUGCUCCGAACACUCGCUGUACUUUGUCAUUUGAUGUGUUGGAGAGCUUUAAUCUUUUUUUCUGUUACACUGAAUGAUGUAAAAUUGAAAUGCAUGUUGCAACUGUGCGAAAUUGAAAUUGAACAUCUGCAUGAGCAGGAAUGAAUAUUUCUAAUUUCCUGCACAGUUUCAUGAAAAAAAUUAGGAGUUUUUUAAAUUAGUUUUCAAUAAUUAAAAUCAUCCAGUUGGAGAAAUGAACCAACUUCUGUUUUAACCUCUGACUGAUCGCCUCGACACCUCAGGACAGUAAGAGGUUUUCAGGGUCAGAAAUCACACAGUAACAGGAUUGUGUGUCUGCUGUGCGUGCAGGUGGAGAACUUCACCGUGACCUUCUCGGAUGGCCGCGUCCUCUGCUAUCUCAUCCACCACUACCACCCCGGCCUCCUGUCCGAUCAGGCUGUCAGUCACAGCACCACGCAGACAGUGGAGUGCUCGCAGAGGGGCCGCCUGGAGCUCGACUGCUCCGCCAGCGACUCUGACAACUCCUUUGACUUCAUGACAGGCUCCAACGGUACGUGACAGCUCUGCUCAAACGUCUGUCGGCGCAUUUUAAAUGUGAAAGUGGCUCUCUGACGUCUGUCAUUGAACGUGCAAGCAAGUAAAAUGAAGUAUGUCUGGGUAUAAAGGUUAAAGGAAUGACGGAGUUUGAAGAGAAUUACCAAAUAAACGAAAGAGAUGGUUAUUAACGGUUUUGAAUGAUCAUAUGUGUGUCAAACAGGCCCAGACUCUCCUUCAGUCGAAUUCAAAGAGCUGCUGGAAAAUGAGAAAAACAACUUCAGGCUGGUCAACACGGCCGUGUCUUUCCUGGGCGGAGUCCCCGCCAUGAUCAACCCGGCCGACAUGUCAAACACCAUCCCCAACGAGAAGGUGAGACCUCACAGGAGAGGAGUUCUCACCUCUACAGACGUUAUUCUCAUUUUAGUGAGAGACAAGGAAAGAUCAGUUUGAUAGGAAUUAAAAGAAUCAAGAGUAAGAUACUGUACUUCUUUCUUUAUUAAUGUCUUUGUUUUAAUUUCCAGGUGGUCAUGUCUUACCUCUCCUUCCUGUGCACUCGUCUCCUGGACCUGAGGAACGAAACCAGAGCAGCUCGGGUCAUCCAGGGCGCCUGGAGGAAAUACAAACUGAAGAAAGAUCUGCAGCUUUUCAAAGUUGGUUCAAUGUUUGAUAAAAUUUCACACUGACUUUUAUUUUUCUGAUCUAGACCAAAAUAUAUCUAAAUCAUAGAUCUGUCUUUUUGCUGGUAAUCUAGAUUAAAAUAAGGAUACAUGCAGAAAACACUCACUAAUACACGUGUUCAAUAUUAUUAAUUAACUUCUCGUCUGGUUUUUACAGGAAAGAAACAUGGCUGCUGCAAAAAUCCAGUCACUUGUGAGGAGUUUUCUGCAGAAGCGCCGAGUUCGGCGGCAGAAUCGAGCCGCCGUUAUCAUCCAGUCGGCGUGGAGAGGUUACGCCGCUCGCAACAGGAUGAGGCUGGAAAAAGAGGCUCAGCUUCGGGCUCUGAAACACAAAGCAGCAACUUUAAUACAGGUACAUUAUUAUCAAACUGUGGGGGUUGUAAUUCUUCCUUAUUCCAUGUACUGUCCCUGCAUGAUAACGCUAAAUAUCCAAAAACAAAACACACCAUCCCUCCUUAAAUAAACAAGAGGGACAGUUUGCACACAGCUUUCAGAAACACAUAUUUAUUUCUGCUCGUUUCAUGCUGAGCUUCCCUGGACAGAAGUCACACACAGCAGUGUAAGAAUCUGGUCCUGUGCCUCCAGCUCCACCUGAAUGAUUGAAUAAUUAAUGCAUCAUAGUUCAGCUUAUUACGCUUCAGCUGCAUAAUUAAUGGCAAUUUCUUGUUACUGCCACCUUAGCAUGUGCAGGGAACACAUUACUAGUAUAUGUAUUUAUUGCAAAAAAGAGAAAAUUACUUUAUCUAGCAUAAAAUAACAAUAAUGCAUACUUUUUAACCGCAGCCAUAAAAGAGAGAAUGAAACAUCUGUUCCUGAAUUUGACCCUCACAGUGAUGAGGCCGUCUUGUGUGAUUGUUCCUUGAAUAGUUGGUUUCUAUCUUGUCUCUACAGACUCAGUGGAGGAUGUUUUCAACCAUGAGAGCUUACCAGCGCCUCAGAUAUCACGCCAUCGUUGUCCAAGCACAGUGGCGAAUGAAGAGGGCGGCCUCCGCUUACGGAAGGAUCUACUGGGCGGCGACGGUCCUUCAAAAGCACACCCGAUCGCGGGCUCUCGGAAGAAGAGACCGGGAACGCUUUCUCUCCCUCAGAGCGGCAGCCGUGAGAAUACAGAGAGGUUACAGGAGAUGGAAAACGGAGAAAACGGCGAAGGAAAAUCACGCCGCCAAAGUGAUACAAGCGGCGUUCAAGAGAUGGUAUCAAGAGAAAAUGGUUGAAAAGAACGCGGCUGCUGUGAGGAUUCAGUCUUGGUACAGGAUGCAGACAUGUCUCCAUCAGUACAGAAAGAUCAAGAGGAGCGCAGUGCUCAUCCAAGCCCGGUACAGAGGCCGCGCACAGAGACGCCGCUUUGAGAGGCUGAAGCUGCAGCACCACUCCGCCGCCGUCAUUCAGAGUGCGUUCAGAGGUCACGCUGUCAGGAAGCAGGUGGAGAGGAUGAGAAGCGCUGCACUCAUAAUCCAGCGCGGGUUCAGGGCCUCCGUGAAGAGAGACACGGAGAGGCGAAUGUUUGUGAGGAUGAGACGCGCCGCCGUCAUCAUACAGGCGGCUUAUCGCGGGAAAGUGGCGCGGGAGUCCCUGAGAAAACGGCACAAGGCAGCCGCAGCGAUCCAGGCGGCUUUCAGGAAAUAUGCUGCCCGAAGGCGCUACCUCGCUUUGAGGAGAGCUGCUUCUCUGAUCCAGCGAAAGUACAGAGCCACACUCUUGGCUCGUGAGACAAAGAAGGAUUACGACGCUCUCAGGGACGCCGCGCUCACCGUACAAGCCAUCUGGAGAGGGAGAGCUGUCAGGGAGCGGAUAGAGAAGUGGCAUCACUGCGCAACACUGAUACAAGCUCACUACCGUCGGCACAGAGCAGAAACAGAGUUCAGGUCCAAGAAGGCAGCUGCGUUAGUCAUACAGCGUCGCUACAGGGCCUGUAAGGUCGCACAGGAAACGCAGAAAUCAUACCUGCGCUUGAGAGCGGCCUGUGUCACCCUCCAAGCUCGAUUCAGAGGCAUGAGAGUCAGGAGGGAGUUGGAGAAAAAGCACCUCGCAGCGACUGUCAUUCAGUCUUCAUUCAGGAUGUUUGUGUGUAAGAAACGAUACGUCCUCCUCCAAAGUGCAGCGAUAAUCACACAGAGCCGAUACAGAGCUCUGCUGGUCUGCAGGGCGCAGCGAAACCAGUACAGAGAGUUAAAACAGGCGGCUGUGAAGAUACAAGCCGUCUACAGGGGGUUCAGAGUGAGGCAAGACCUGAAGAAGAGGCACAAUGCUGCCCGAGCAAUCCAAGCCCAGUUCAGGAUGCACAAAACAAGAAUGGCGUAUCUGGCAACCAAGUGUGCCGCCAUCAUUAUUCAGGAGCGCUACAGGGCGAAACUGCUCAGGAAUCAACAGAUGCAGAAACUCAGAGUGAUGAAAUCUGCAGCUGUCGUCAUUCAGGCCGCAUAUCGAGGUCGUGCAGCCAGGAAGAUGGUCGCAAAGAUGAACCGAGCAGCUACAAUCAUCCAGAGAAAGUUUUUCACCAUUAGGGACAGGAAGAGGUUCCUGGCUUUAAGGGAAGCAGCCGUGAUCUGUCAGCGCAGGUACAGAGCGGUGAUCCUGGCAAGAAAAGACCGUCUGGACUAUCUGUCGAAGCGCAGGGCCGCGGUUUGUCUGCAGGCAGCCUGCAGAGGAUGGAAAGUUAGGAAAGAGUUGCGUUCCCAGCAGGCAGCAGCUACAAUAAUUCAGUCUCACUUCAGGAUGCACCAGCAGAGAAACUCCUACAGGAGGCUCCACUGGGCUGCGAACGUGCUGCAAGUACGCUACAGAGCGAACAAGACGAUGAGAGCAGAGAUGGAUGCCCUAAAAGCCAAGAAACACGCAGCUGUCGUCUUACAGGCCGCUUUCCGAGGAAUGAAAUCCAGACGAGUCAUCAAACAAAAACACCAGGCAGCUGCUCUCAUCCAGAGAGCUUACAGAGCCCACCGUGAACACGAGCAGUAUCAGACUCUAAAAUCCUCCAUCCUCACAAUCCAGAGGAGGUAUCGAGCCACUUUAGCUGCCAGAGAACAAACACAGAAAUACCAAAACAUGAGAAGAGCUGCUGUCGUCCUUCAGGCGGCAUUUAGAGGUCAGAGGGUCAGGAAGGAGGUCGCUCUUAGACAUCAGGCUGCAACCGUCAUCCAGUCAGUGUUCAGAAAACACAGAGAGGAAGUCAAAUAUCAGGCCAUGCGUCUGUCUGCGAUCAUCAUCCAGAGAUACUACCGGGCCUGCGUUGUCCAAAGACACGAGAGGAAAAAGUUCCUCGAUGUGAAAAAAUCUGCCGUCAUCUUUCAGGCGGCGUUCAGAGGAUACCGGGCGAGGAAAAACAUCGCUAAGAUGAACAGAGCAGCGACAGUCAUUCAAGCAAACUUCAGAAGACACAGACAUCAGUCAGCCUUCAGGAGGCGGCGCUGGGCAGCGUGUGUCCUCCAGCAGAGGUUUAGAGCCCAGAGACUUAAAAACACUGAGAUGAAUCAAUAUCAGGAGGUGAGGAGAGCUGUGGUUACUCUACAAGCUGCAUAUCGAGGAAUGAAAUCAAGACAGAUCAUCAAACAAAGACAUCAUCACGCCGAGGUUAUCCAGAGAGCUUACAGAGCCCACCGUGAACACAAACAGUAUCUGAAACUACGAUCCUCCGUCCUCACGAUCCAGCAAAGAUACCGAGCCACUGUAGCUGCAAGAUCACAAAGAAGACAGUAUCUGAAAGUGCAGAGAGCAGCCGUCACCCUUCAGUCCGCUUUCAGAGGACUUCAGGUCAGGAAGGAGGUUUCUCUGCAGCAUCAGGCUGCAACCGUCAUCCAGUCUGUAUUCAGGAGACACAAAGAGGAAGUUAAAUUCAAGGCCAUGCGCCUGUCUGCGAUUAUUAUCCAGAGAUUCUACCGCUCCUGGAUUCUGCAGAGAAAAGACAGAGAGAAGUUUCUGAAUAUGAAGGAGUCUGCGCUUGUCUUACAGGCGGCGUUCAGAGGAAACCGUGUGAGAAAAAGCAUCGCUAAAAUGAACAGAGCAGCUACAGUCAUUCAGGCGAACUUCAAGAGGCACAAGCAUCAGUCAGCCUUCAGGAGGCGGCGCUGGGCAGCGUGUGUCCUCCAGCAGAGGUUUAGAGCCCAGAGACAAAGAAACACUGAGAUGAAUCAAUAUCAGGAGGUGAGGAGAGCUGUGGUUACUCUACAAGCUGCAUAUCGAGGAAUGAAAUCAAGACAGAUUAUCAAACAAAAACAGGAGGCAGCUUCUCUUAUCCAGAGAGCUUACAGAGCCCGCUCUGAGCGGAGGGAGUUUUUGAAACUAAAAUCGUCUGUUGUUACUAUCCAGCAAAAAUACCGAGCCACUGUAGCCGCAAAGACUGAGAGAGCACGAUACCUGAACACGCGCCGAGCUGCUGUCACUCUGCAGGCCGCUUUCAGAGGACUUCAGGUCAGGAGAGAGGUUUCUCUCCAGCAUCAGGCUGCAACUGUAAUCCAGUCUGCUUUUAGAAAACACAGAGAGGUAGUCAAAUAUCAGGCCAUGCGCCUGUCUGCAAUCAUCAUCCAGAGAUACUAUCGCUCCUGGAUUCUGCAGAGAAAAGACAGAGAAAAGUUUAUAAAUUGGAAACAAUCUGCUGUCGUCUUGCAGGCGGCGUUCAGAGGAUUCUGUGUGAGAAAAAGCAUCGCUAAGAUGAACCGAGCAGCUACGGUCAUUCAGGCGAACUUCAAGAGGCACAAGCAUCAGUCAGCCUUCAGGAGGCGGCGCUGGGCAGCAUGUGUGUUACAGGAGAGGUUUAGAGCCCAGAGACAGAAGAAUAAUGAGCUGAGAAAAUAUCAAGAGCUGAGGAAAGCUGCGGUCGUUCUCCAGGCUGGAUAUCGAGGAAUGAAGUCCAGACAAAUGAUUCAGCAAAAGCAUCAAGCUGCUCGUCUCAUCCAGAGAGCUUACAGAGCCCACCGUGAACACCAACAGUAUCAGACUCUAAAAUCCUCCAUCCUCACAAUCCAGAGGAGGUAUCGGGCGACUUUAGCUGCCAGAGAACAAACACAGAAAUACCAAAACAUGAGAAGAGCUGCUGUCGUCCUUCAGGCGGCAUUUAGAGGUCAGAGGGUCAGGAAGGAGGUCGCUCUCAGACAUCAGGCUGCAACCGUCAUCCAGUCUGUAUUCAGGAGACACAAAGAGGAAGUUAAAUUCAAGGCCAUGCGCCUGUCUGCGAUUAUUAUCCAGAGAUUCUACCGCUCCUGUAUCAAGACAAGAAAAGACAGAGAGAAGUUUUUAAGUUUAAAGAAAUCCACCAUCACCCUUCAGGCAGCAGCCAGAGGCUGGUCAGUCAGGAGGGACAUGAACAGACAGAAGCAGGCCGCCGUCGUUAUCCAGUCCUGCUGGAGAUGUUCGGUACAGAGGUGCGACUUCCAAAGGAAGCGGGAGGCUGCUGUGACGCUCCAGAGGAGGGUCCGAGCGUGGCAGAUAGGCAGGCAGGAGAGAGAGAACUACAGUCGAGUGAGGAGAGCUGCUGUGGUUCUUCAGACACACUGCAGAGCCUGGAUUACAAGACAACAGGUAGUCAGCCUUUUUGUUUUUCAAGUGGCUUCUUCUUUUUCCACCUAAAUUUUAGCUCAAAAACUGCAAAUACGAAAGGUGACGCAGCCAUGAUGAAGGUUUUACUGAUUGUCAAGUCUCUAAAAUGACAGAACAGUCACUGAAAUAUCUCUCCCUGCCCAUGUUUAAUGUUUAAUGUCCUUAUGAUAAAGAGACUAAAAUUUCAUGUUUUCUUGUGUUUCAGGCACUAGAGAAAACCAGAGCAGAGAGGAGGCUCCGCUUCGCAUCUGCAGGUUUCCACCAUCUCUGCGCCAUAAAGAUCCAAAGAGCCGUGAGAGCCCACUGGGCUUUAGAGUCAGCCAAGAGACAAAUCCACUCUGUCCUCACCGUACAGGUAAAGACAAGGGAGCCCCAGCUCUGACCAGGCCUCGUAAAUGUUUCAGCGAGCGUUCAGUUUUCUGACGAUUGCCUUGUUUUUUUUCUAGCGAUGGGUGAGAGCGAGACAGCAGAGGCGGCGGUAUCUGGAGGAGAGGAGGAAGGUGAUCACAGCCCAGAGAGCAGCUAAGCGCUGGUUAGCUCGCCGCCACACGGCUGCAUCCGUCAUCCAGGAGGCCGUCCACAGAUUCCUCCUCCUCAGGAGGCAGAAGAGGGUUCAGCAGGGCAUUGUCAAAGCUCAGGUACUGCAGUCAGUGCUGGAUGAAGUACAGAUGAAUUCACCUUUUCUUUCUUUUAACACAAGGAUCAUAUGUCUUUCUGAUUCUGCAGCUACUUUCACCAGCUGCUGUCAGUUCUCCUUUUCAUACUUGGCGUCAUACAGUCUCUUCUGGUCCAAUAAUGUUGCCUCUGACACACCGUUGUUUCCAUAUUAUACUCGACUCUCCCUCCAGGCUCUAUGGAGAGGACAUCGCUCCCGCCGCCUGAACGACAACCCCAAAGUGGUGAAGCUAAGACAACGUCUACGCAAAGUCUCUGCUGAGGUCAAAGAGGAGGACAAACUGUGCAACAAGACGUCGUCGGCUCUGGACUACCUGCUCCGAUACAAACACUUCUCCUACAUUUUAGAGGCCCUGAAAAACCUCGGUAAGGCUUUCUCACUUCUGGUCAAUCAAGCAGAUUUAGAGCCUUGGUGUGCGUGUGUGUUUGUGUGUGUGUGUGCACAUAAAAACACGUGUGAAAAUAAACCCUUUGUGUGUUGACGCAGAGAUCGCCACCAGACUGUCCCCAGAGUGCUGCGAGCGGCUGGUAGAGAGCGGAGCCACCAACAUCAUCUUCACUCUCAUCCGCUGCUGCAACAGGAGCGUCCCCUGCAUGGACGUCAUCACCUUCUCCAUCCAGAUCCUCCUCAACCUCUCCAAGGUACCUCAAACCUGCACCAACCUUUUCAUUUCAAUAGGAAAUGUUAUCAGCCUCUCAACCUCUCAAGGGUGUAAAACGCCGAGUUUAAACCCUCUCCUCUGUUUACUUUCAGUACCAUAAGACCAUCGAGGCCGUGUAUUCAGUGGAAAACUCAGUGGAGACGCUGCUGGACUUGCUGCAGAGAUACAGAGAGAAGGCGGGGGAUAAAGUCGCAGAUAAAGGCGGCAGCAUCUUCACUAAGGCCUGCUUCCUCCUCGCUCUCCUGCUGCAGGACAAACAUCGCGUCGUGGUCCGUCACUUUACGUUAUCUAAACUUUAUCCCAACAAUUUUCUUUUAACCUUUGAGAGAUAAAUUUUGCUUUUAUGUAAAUGUUUUGACUUUUUAAAUUGUCUUUUAGGAGGUUAUGAAGCUCCCCAAAGUCUUAGACAGGAUACGCAGCAUUUAUCGCCUCACUGCUCGCAAACAAAAGAUGGAUGCGGAGAGGACUGUGAUCAAACAGAAGAUGAACGCCUCCAUCAACGGGAGCUUCUACGUUCCAGCGACGCCUCGAAAAUCCAACCCUGUACCAAAGUACGUUCACAGGAGACGAGUUCACGUCAUGUCUCUGGGGUACCUGUUCAUACAUGUUUGCCGUGAUUUCUGACUCUGUUUUUGUUUUUCCAGAUUUGCACCAGAUUGGGUUCUAAGGAAGGACAAGCUCAAGGAUAUCGUGGACCCGCUCAGAGCCAUCCAGAUGGUGGCAAACACACUGUCUAUUGUGCUGUAAAUAUCUAAGCUUCAGAAUUUUGAUUUGAUGAAUUUUUUACCUGAAGAAAAUAUUUUUUAUGUAUUGUUGA